AUGGCGCGUCGUAAAAUUCUACCAAAGUUUAAUCGCUAUAGUUAUUAUAUCGAAGAAAAUUCAGCUGGAAAGCUUCUUGUCAACCCCAUUUUACAAAGUCAAACAGGACGUAUAGGUCUUGUGUCUAUGCCAACAGGCUCGGGAAAGAGUGGAAUCAUCAGUUGCCUUCCGUACUUUCUAGGAAAACUAGGACUGAAUCCACCACCCACACCAGAUGACGACCCAGAAGGCGAACCACUUCACAGGUUUAACAAGCCUGUAUUAGUUAUAGCUCCAGAUCUCGCCAUCGCAAGCCAACUUGAUGGGAAAUUGACCAUUUCGGCAGAUGCAGCAGAUGAUGAGAACUUUCUGUUAGCCAGAAAGAUUGUUACCGAAGAAGAUGACGAUGAUCAAGAGGUCCUUCCACAAGGUGUGAAGAUUCAAGAAACAGCACAUCUCGGUAAUCCCAAAUUUCUUAGGAACAAAGAUCUCGUCAUCGCAAACGCCCAGAAAUUUCUUCAAGGAAACUGGGAAGAAGUACUCCCUGAUGACAUUUUCAAACUUGUGAUUGUGGACGAAGCCCAUCACCAUCCAGCUAAAACAUGGCGGCGAAUCAUUCGAAAAUUCAAACAUCAUGCGAUGGUUGUAUUCUUAACCGCUACUCCGUUUAGAGCUGAUGGAAGGCGCGUGGUAGAAGACGAAGAAGGUGAUAUGGUUUAUCGAUUGUCCCUCGAAGAUGCCAGAACAAAUCGAAUAAUUCGGCGGAUAAACUGGCUUCAACUUGUCAGUGGUGACACAAAUCUCCACAAUAUUUUUUCUAUCAUCCUCGAGCGAGUCAAGUCCAUUCAACAGUCCAAGGAUAGGGAAACUCCCCUUCCUGACAACAUUCCUCACAUGGCUAUUGCAAUAACAAAGAAUAUCGCCUAUGCAGAGGACGUGAGACAGAUGUGGGACGAUCACUGGGGGAACCACGGUAUGGCAAUUGCUUAUCACUCAGAUUUACCCAAGAAAACGAAGCUGGCGAUGAUGGAAGCGAUACAAAGCAACCAGAUAAAGCUAGUGGUGGUUGUAGAUAUGUUGCGUGAAGGUUUCGACUAUCCACCCAUCAGUAUUGCAGCUAUUAUGACCAAAAUUGUCUCCCCGGUCAAGUUUGCACAGUUUAUUGGAAGGGCACAGAGAAUCGUACGUGGACAUCAAGGUCUUGAGUCACAAGAAAUAUUUUCAGAUGUUGUGACCCACAGCUACUUCCAACAAGAGGAAAACUACCAAACAUAUGAACGUGAGGGAUUAAUUCCUGAUGACUGACAAUAACAACAUAAUGUAAUAAUUUUAAUGAGCCAUUUUGAUAGCUCUGCACUGGCAUAGAAAAACAGAUUCUUGUUGCUAUUUUAGAAUUACAUGUAGUGUUUUAUAACUUGUAAACCAAGUACACGACGUUAUCUUACAGAUUGUUUGGCUUCUUGAUUUACCUGGAGCUAGGCAGGUGGGGGGGGGGGGGGGGGUGGUACUCCCGUAUAAGGGCUUUGUUAGUAUGUGUGGCUCCUAAGGGUAACAUUUUAGCCAUUUAAGUCAGAAAUAAAACCCCAAUUUUUUCAUUGCGAUAAGUCACGAAAAUUAAAUUUAAUGCAUACCACAGGUUGCUGGUCUCUGUUUUUGUCUUAUUGAAUAUACUUGUAUUUUGAUUGUGUUCUGUAUUUAAAUGCUACAAUAAGUAUUGAAAAACUGAGCUAGCUGCCACCUUAAAGAGCAUAAUAAAAAGAGACUAAGUUUCCCAAAUUUCAGUGUUUUUGGUUCAAACACAAAGAUGUAAUACACUUAAGCUUUUGAAAAGCUGUGAUUAAGAGAGCUUUGUAUGGUGUUUAAAAUUUUCAAACUAUCAAAUUGUCCUAUUCCCAGCUAGCAGAGGCUCUUUCCCUGGUGUUCGCUGACAGGAGAAAAGAGACCUCUGCCAUGGGUCAAAAAUGGCUAUAUUGAGCAUGCUCCGCAGCUUAGCGACCGAGCCAUCAUGUACUGUUUGUAGCACAUGACGAAAUGAGAGCGGAAUUAAUGUAAAGAAUGCGCGAGACACAACAGGCUCAAGUUGCGGUCAACAAACAACGCAAGAGCAUGCGUUUUAAAUAGAGCCGUCCAAGACUGAGGACACCGAUUAAUUAAAUCAAAACCAUUUUCAACCCAUGGUAGGGGUCUCUUUUCUCCUGUCAGCAAACACCAGGAAAAGAGCCUCUGCUAGCAGGGAAACUGCCCUAGAAUCUUGUGCUAAAAGAUAGACUUAGUUUGAAGAACUAUCAUUGACCAAACACUUUUAAGUUUAGUUUCCUUAAUCGUAUUGUAGAAUUCGCUUCCAUUUGUAGUUAGAUCAUAACCUAGUAUUUCAAGUUUUAGGCGUGGUGUAAGGAGCGUCUUAAUGAAUACCAACUGAACUGGUUGGCUUAUAGAAUAUAUUUGUUUUAAUAUUUUUUCAUAUAAUCAUAAUGUAGGUGAUCUCAGACCAUCCUUAUGGCAUUUCUGUGUUCAUUAAUUUGUUGUCAUUAAUUGUAACAAAUAAAUAAGUAAAUAAAUAAAACAUCAUUGGCCUCAAAAUCUUAGCAAUUUCAUCACCCUCUUUCCAUUUCUGGAAUCUGUUUCAUACCACAACCACUUUUUAUGAUUGACAAGGUCGCGUGACAUGGUCAUGUAAAGGACCUAUUGUACAGUCUUUAUACCACUUGGACGUUUAUAUAAACCAUUGAUUAAGCUUACUGUCAACAAAAUAGGGUGCCUUCCAGAAAAAUCUUCCUACGUGUGCUACUUAAAAGAAACCACAAAAACCUAUGAACCACUGUAAAGCCAACAAAAAAUAUAGAUUCCAAAAAAAAAAAAAAGUAUACUUUUAACCAUUUUUGUUUUGGUAGACACACACAAGCCUCCAAACACAAACCUGACAGUGUUGUGCUUAACUUAAAUUACCGGCCUUUGUGUUUAGGGUACAUGUAUCUGUGAUGUGAUCAAAAUUAUUAUUAAUAAUAAAGUGUAGAUGCAAGACAACUCAUUAACCUAAAAUUCAUGGCUGUAAAUUAAUGAAAAAGGAAUAAAGUUUGUUGUUUUUGGUG